AAAGGCAUUUCACCACCACCGUAGCAAACUUCCUCUAGAAAGAAACCCACAGCAACAAACAGAGAAAAUGUGUGGCGGUGCUAUUAUUUCCGAUUUUGCCCCUCUCGUCACCAAGGCCAAGGGCCGCAGACUUACGGCGGAGGAACUCUGGUCAGAGCUCGAUGCUUCCGCCGCCGACGACUUCUGGGGUUUCUAUUCCACCUCCUCCAAACUUCAUCCCACCAACCAAGUUAACGUGAAAGAGGAGCCAGCGAAGGAGCAGGCAACAGAGCCGGCGACGGAGAAACGGAGGAAGAGGAAGAAUGUUUAUAGAGGGAUACGUAAGCGACCAUGGGGAAAAUGGGCGGCUGAGAUUCGAGAUCCACGAAAAGGUGUCAGAGUUUGGCUUGGUACGUUCAACACGGCGGAGGAAGCCGCCAUGGCUUAUGACGUGGCGGCGAAGCAGAUCCGUGGUGAUAAAGCCAAGCUCAACUUCCCAGAUCUGCAUCAUCAUCCUUCUACUCCGCCGCCGUCGUCACCUUCACGAUCAACUGAUCAGCUUCCGGCGAAGAAGGUCUGCGUUGUUUCUCAGAGCGAGUUAACUCAGCUGAGUUUACCGGUGGAGUGCGUUGGAUUCGGAAAUGGGGAAGGGUUUCAGAACCUGAGUUACGGAUUUGAACCUGAUUACGAUCUGAAACAGCAGAUAUCGAGUUUGGAGUCGUUCCUUGAGCUGGACGGUACCACGGCGGAGCAACCGAGUCAACUCGAUGAGUCCGUCUCCGAGGUGGAUAUGUGGAUGCUUGAUGAUGUCAUCGCGUCGUAUGAAUAAAAGAAAAAAAGAAGAAGAAUAGUCUAAUAAGUAAAAACAAAAUCAAAUAAAGUUUGUGAUAUAUGUAACCGCCGUUACUUUUUAAGGUUUUCACCGUUACAUUGGACUGCUGAUGAUGUCUGUUGUGGACCGUGUGGUGUUCAAAAUGUGACCAAAUAAUGGAGCGUUAUAUUAUUAUGGUUUAAUUGUGGUGUUAUUAUUUUCUUUAAUGGAAAAACUUACAUGUGUAAAUAAGAUUUGUAAUGUAAUAAGUAUUUAUAACUUUU